CGGCGGGGAAGGGGAGGGGAGGGCAUCCCGGGCCUAGCGGGUUUGCUGGUCGCCCACCGACUGACGACGACCCCCUCCCUCCGUCCCUCCGUCCCUCCCUCCCGGUAAACUCGGUCCCCCCCCGGUGCCCGCCGCCACCAUGCCCGCCCUGCUGGAGCGCCCCAAGCUCUCCAACGCCAUGGCGCGGGCGCUGCACCGCCACAUCAUGAUGGAGCGCGAACGCAAGAGGCAAGAGGAAGAGGAGGUGGACAAGAUGAUGGAGCAGAAGAUGAAGGAGGAGCAGGAGCGGAGGAAGAAGAAGGAGAUGGAGGAGCGGAUGUCGCUGGAGGAGACCAAGGAGCAGAUCUUGAAGCUGCAGGAGAAGCUGUUGUCGCUGCAGGAGGAGAAGCACCAGUUGUUCCUGCAGCUCAAGAAGGUCCUGCACGAGGAGGAGAAACGCCGCCGUAAAGAGCAGAGUGACCUGACCACGCUGACGUCCGCGGCCUACCAGCAAGGCCUGGCCGUCCACACCGGGACGCACCUGCUGAGCAUGCAGGGGAGCCCCGGGGGACACAGCCGCCCCGGGACCCUCAUGUCGGCCGACCGGGCGAAGCAGAUGUUCGGACCGCAAGUGCUCACGCCCGGUGACUGUGUGGGUCAGGCGGCGGCGGCGGCCUUCGCCGCGGCGGCGGCCCCGGAACACGGGCAGUUCCAGGGGAGCCCCGGGGGAGCCUACGGGACGGCCCAGCCUCCGCACUACGGCCCCUCGCAGCCCAGCUACAGCCCCAGCCAGCAGCUGCGGGCCCCGGCAGCCUUCUCCACGGUCCCGUACCUGUCCCAGCCCCAGCAGCCCUUCGCGGUGCACGGGCACUUCCAACCUGCACAACCAGGCUUUCUGCAGCCCGGAGGGGCCCUGUCUCUCCAGAAGCAGCUGGAACACGCCAACCAGCAGUCCGGCUUCUCCGACUCGGCCCUGCACCCAGCCCCCGGCCUCCUCGCGUCGCCCCAGAUCCCCGUCCAGAUGCAGACAGCCACCAAGUCGGGCUUCCCUACCCCCAGCCAGCCCGGCCCCCGUCUGCCCUUCAUCCAGCACAGCCCUGCCCAGCGCUUCUACCACAAGUGAGCCCGCUCCUCUGCCCGCCCGCCGGCCGAGCCCCUCCCCAAUAAAACCAGGUUUUCCUCCCCUCUCCCGGCCU